ACGGUAUAUGGAAUUGAUUACACCUGCAAGUGCCGUUCUGUUCGUAUUACCAAGACAUUACAAAGCUAACGUUUAUAUUUAUGAUGUCUGACCAAGAAGACCUUAUUUCAGUGGAUUAUGAAAUAUUGGGCAGAGUUCAGGGUGUGUUUUUCCGAAAAUACACCCAGGCAGAGGGCAAGAGGCUGGGUUUGGUCGGCUGGGUGCAGAACACAGAGAUCGGGACGGUGCAGGGGCAGCUCCAAGGCUCUCGCUCAAAGGUCCAACAGAUGCAGGAGUGGCUGAAGACCACAGGCAGCCCCAAGUCUAAAAUCAGCAAGGCUGAGUUUAAAAAUGAAAAGACAAUCCAGAGCCUAGAUUACACCACUUUUAAAGUUAUUCGCUCUUGAAAAAUGGCUAUAGGCUUUCUCUUUGCUUAUAUACACCAUAUUUAAUGACUCUAGCAUUAACAUGUGAGACAUGUUGUGUAGUAAUUAUGCACUGUCAAAGUAAAUGUUUACACUAGGAUUUAGGCAGACUUGAUGUUAAAGUUAGACUCUUAGAGUGGCAGCUGUACGGUAUUUUGUUUUUAAAAGAAAAAAAAAAAAAAA